AUGCGCGUCUUCUGGCCGACCGACGUGCGAGAAGAAGAGGGCACAGUGCUAGGCUGGGAGCUGGGCGACACGCUCGUCGUCGCGGCGGUGGUGGACCUGGCCAGUGUCGCGAGCACUGCGGGGCUCGAUCGGCUAGGCGUAGUCACCGCCGACGCGGAGAAGCAAGCCUACGGCCUGGUCAUCCGCGUCAAUGGCGACGGCCGGCCGGUUGCAUACUCCCAGCGCGCGACGACGGUGCUGUACACCCCGCCUGCUGUAUCGCGGCACCAAGUGCUCUCUAUCGCGCCGGCGGCCCAGGUGCCCUACGCGCCAGAGUCGUCGACUUCCCUCCCGGCCAUCCUCGAGCUCAUCAACCGCGUAGAAGGCGCCCGCGCCGCCCUCGGGCUCGCACAGCCAAGCACCUACGCCCGCCUCGACCUCGGCGCGCUCGCCGCCGUGCCCCUCGCGUUCGCGCUCGCGUCCACGCGACACAUCCCGCGCACGGCGGCCGAGUGGAUCCCCCUCGCGAGCCGCGUCGCGCUGGUAGCUGCUGCACGCGUCGUCGCGCCGCGCGCAUGGCUCCCGCGCGCGGUGCCCGCGUUGCUCACGUCCGGCUUGUCCGGCUCGGUGCGCGUGCUGGGCGUGCGGCUGUCCCUCGACCGCACGGCGUUCUUCGGAGGUAUCCAACGCCGCGCGGCCACGCUCAUCACGGAGCCUGAGAAGGAGGGCGCGAGCACAGCGGAACGCGCAGCGGCGCACCUCGCAGCUGAGGACUCGGCGCUCGCGAUCCUGUACGACCACCUGUUCGGCGCACUCGCCACCCUCGGGACACUGCACUACCUCUCCUCGCACGCCAUCAGCUGGUCCCCCUCCCCCGCGCUGCUGGCCGACCCCGUUGUCGCGGCGCUCGAGUGGCUCAACGACUGGCCGUUCGGGCUGAAGCUCAACACGCCGCUCAGCCAGGGCUUCUGCUCGGCGUUCACGGCACUGCUGCUCGCAUGGAGGGGUAGGUGUGGCAACUGGCCGAGCUGA